AUGUCAGAUACCCACCUGUUACAGAUUGAGGAUGAGCGCGGGCGGAAGGUCUCGCUCGAACUGAUGUCCAAAGGGUUGACUGUUCACCGCUUGCUCGUUGAACGUCCAGGUUUCCCACCACGAGAUCUCAUCUGUGGGCCUGAGAAAACUGAUGGAUAUACACAAGAAGGACGAAGGUUCAAGAACCAAGUGGUCGGACGUUAUACUAAUCGGCUGGCUGGAGGACAAACAUUAAUCGAGACUCGCGAAGGUGAACAGUUAUCGCUGAACCUCGAAAGGAAUGAUCCAACCCAUCGUGUGUAUGCAGAUCAUGGCAAAAAUUGCCUUCAUAGUGGCUCAGACGGUUAUGAUCUUCGAGAUUUUGAAUAUGUCAGUGAAGACUCGGCGAUUGUUCGAUCAUUCAAAGACGAUCCCAACAACACCUCGGGACUGCCUUUGAACACAACAGGCGAGAAGGUCUUCUUGCAUUUGUAUUCUCCAGCCAAUGAUCAAGGUUUUCCCGAGUCAAUCGACAUUCUAGCAACUGCGACCCUUUCCGCUGCGGGAAAUUCAGGAGAGAAUGCUCACGCUCAACCGAUGAUGCCUUCACACUCGCUUGUUGGCUGCUUGACGUUUAGCUUGCAAGCUAGAAUCCGGGAACCUCUCGAAACUUUGAAGCAAUCACAUAUUCGAGGUACACCUAUCAAUUUAACGUGGCACAAUGGCUAUAUCAUGAACGACUUCAAAACAAACGCCGGGGAAGAAGGUGGGAUAAGCCAGCACAAGUUAGGUAUUCUCGGUGAACAUUAUGUCGAAGUUGACAAGGAGCUACUUCCUACCGGUGAGCUCAGGCCAGCGAAGGAGAUCGGGCUUGAUUCAAACGGCGAUUUCAUAUCAGGAGAAGGUGUCGAGCUAAUUGGCGAACAGAUACCCAAAGACGGUUUUGUCUUCAAAGAGCCAGAAAGAUUAGAACUACCUAAGGUCACUUUACGAAGCCCAAGUGAUGACCUGGUCAUGAACUUCCGGACCAACCAGACGGCAGUACAGUGCUACAGCUCCAACUUUUUUGAUGGGUCUGGAUUCCGCAAGAAUUUGCAUCAGAAUCAGUCUACUCCUCAAGGAUAUUCAAAGCAAGGUACAUAA